AUGAAUCCAGCAAAUUCGCCAGAAGCUAGUCCAGUAGAAGGUUUUUGGGAAAACUUGAAAAUGGAGGUUUACAAUAACAACUGGACAACAAAAAAUCUUGUUGAGCUAGUAAAAAAGAUAGUUGGCAAUAUGGGCUUAAAAGAUGUAAUUAAUGAAUUAGAACUAAAAGUUUCAGAAAAUACUGUUAGAAGAUGUCUUGAUAUUGCAGGAUUAUUUAGUUACAGAGCUGCAAAAAACCCGUUUAUUUCAGAAAAAAAUAGAAAAGCUAGAUUAGAAUUUGCCUAUGCUCAUAAAAAUUGGACAGUAGAACAAUGGAGUCACAUUUUAUGGAGUGAUGAGUCAAAAUUUAACAUGCAUCAUUCAGAAGGAAAAAAAAAAUCUACUCCUGAUGAUAGUAGUCUGUAG